AUGGGGAAAUCAGGGGGCAGAAAGAAGAAGGGAGCUUCAAACCAAGUUUCUAGUGAUGGAAAUUCAUCUCCAAUGGCUAAUGGUGGUGUUGAUUUGGACUCUUCAAUCUUUUUGAAAAGAGCACAAGAGCUCAAAGAAGAAGGGAACAAGAGAUUUCAGAGUAAGGACUAUGUGGGUGCUCUUGAGCAGUAUGAUAAUGCUCUUAAGCUCACUCCUAAGAUUCACCCGGACAGGGCGGUUUUUCAUAGCAAUAGAGCCGCUUGUUUGAUGCAAAUGAAGCCUAUAGAUUAUGAAACUGUGGUUGCUGAAUGCACCAUGGCGCUUCAGGUUCAGCCCCGGUAUGUCCGGGCUCUCCUUCGGAGGGCUCGGGCAUUUGAGGCGAUAGGGAAGUAUGAAAUGGCAAUGCAGGAUGUUCAGGUGUUAUUGGGGGCUGACCCAAAUCACCGGGAUGCUUUGGAGAUUGCCCAGCGGUUGCGGACAGCACUUGGGCCUCGUCAGGAGGCUCAGCAGGACCUCCAGAGCCGCCCGUCCCCUGCUGCCCUUGGGGCUUCCGCAGUUCGCGGCGCUCCAAUUGCUGGGCUGGGGCCUUGUUUACCAGCCCGGCCAGCAGCAAAGAAGGCAGCUGCUUCAGCGGGGGGUUCUGGUUUAUCCCAAAUUAACAGGCCAGAUAAGCCACAAACAGUUCUACCGGCUGAGAAUGGACCUGAGCCCAAAACCCAGAUGCCAAAACUUGUAUUGAAGCCUACAAAUGCUUCUUCAAAAUCUCCUAAUCCAAGUAAGGCUAACCAGAAGGAGCCAUCAUCAGUUUCAUUGUCCAUUCAUGGGCAGCGUUCUGCGGCUGCCAAUCGAUGGAGACCAUUGAAGCUUGUUUAUGAUCACGACAUAAGGCUUUCCCAAAUGCCUGUUAAUUGCACUUUCAGAGUGUUAAGGGAAGCUGUAACAAAACGCUUUCCAUCAUCAAAGUCAGUAUUGAUCAAGUAUAAGGAUAAUGACGGUGAUUUGGUGACUAUAACCUCUACAGCUGAACUUAGGUUGGCUGAGUCUUGUGCAGACAGGGUCAUUCCAGAAGACCCUGAAAUAGAUAAAGCUGACUCGAUUGGAAUGUUGAGAUUGCAUAUUGUGGACGUGACUCCUGAGCAGGAACCACCUUUGUUGGAAGAAGAGGAGGAAAAAGCUGCCGAAAACGAGGGGAUCAAGGAAGAUGAAAGCAAUUCUAAUUCAUCACUUAGUGAAUCUGUUUUGGAAGCUGGUGAUUAUGAAACUGAUAAGGCGGAGAAAGAAGCUCAAAAGGAGAAACCAGGAGCCUCGGAAGAUCCUGAGUGCAAGGAAUUGGAAAUGGAUGAUUGGUUGUUUGAGUUUUCUCAGCUUUUCCGCAGCCAUGUCGGUAUUGAUCCAGAUGCUCACAUUGAUUUGCAUGAGCUUGGAAUGGAGCUUUGUUCUGAGGCCCUUGAAGAGGCAGUAACUAGUGAAGAAGCUCAGGGUCUUUUUGACAAGGCUGCCUCAAAGUUCCAGGAGGUGGCUGCAUUGGCUUUCUUUAAUUGGGGAAAUGUUUAUAUGUGUGCGGCAAGGAAAAGGAUUCCCUUAGAUGAGUCUGCUGGAAAGGAGGUAGUGGAAUCACAGCUUCAAACAGCUUAUGACUGGGUCAAGGAAAAAUAUUCCUUGGCCAGAGAGAAAUAUGAGGAAGCACUGUCGAUCAAGCCAGACUUUUAUGAGGGGCUGCUGGCACUGGGGCAGCAGCAAUUUGAAAUGGCCAAACUUCAUUGGUCAUUUGCACUUGCUAAGAAAAUAGAUCUCUCAAGUUGCGAUUCCACAGAAAUGCUGAACCUUUUUGACAGUGCAGAGGAGAAGAUGAAAGUUGCCACUGAGAUGUGGGAGAAGCUGGAGGAGCAGAGAGCAAAGGAACUAAAGGAUCCAAGUGCAAGCAAAAGAGAAGAAUUGUUGAAAAAAAGGAAAAAACAAGGAAGCGGUAAUGAAGGAGAGUCCUCUGGAGCAUCUGGUCAGGGUGAGAUUUCGGCAGAUGAAGCAGCAGAACAGGCAGCUGUUAUGAGAUCACAGAUCCAUCUUUUCUGGGGUAACAUGCUUUUUGAGCGAUCUCAGGUUGAAUACAAAUUGGGGCUGGAUGGUUGGAAGAAAAACCUGGAUGCUGCUGUCGAGCGCUUUAAGCUUGCUGGAGCUUCUGAGGCAGACAUUUCUUUGGUUCUGAAGAACCAUUUCUCCAAUGGCGAUGGAGUUGAGGGAGAUGGGAAAAAGGUUCAGAAUUUAGGCAGUGAUGUACCUGUUGAAGCCAAUAAAGACAAUGAGAUUCUUUCAGGGAAGUGA